CUCUCUGCCGUUGCAACUUUUCGCCGGCCGCUCUCCUCUUCCUUACGAUCACCAUCUCUGCUGACCACCUUAGACACCACCUCCAUUCUUUUCUUCAGAAAAUCCUUCUCUCUGCAACCGUUGAACUUUCCCUCUUCUACGAUUCUCCCCCUCCGAUCUCCUUUCCCCAAAGAACUUCCAUUUUUUCGUGCUCCGAUCAUCAACCACCAAAUAGGCUUCCCCACUUCGCUUCCCUUGCUCCUAUCCAUCCAGUCUCUGGCAUCCACUAGAGACUAAUCGGUACCUGCCACAUCAACUAGCUUAAUUCACUUCCAAAGGUGCAAGGCAGUACCUCUUCUCACUUUGGUGUUCUAUGGUGUGUCUGAUAUACUCUCCUGCUGGUAGCUUCGGUUCAUCUCUGUGUUUCGAAUCCAGAUCCAGUGCUUCUUGGCAAUUUGGAUUUCAAUUCAACCUCCGGAGAAAGUUCAGGCCUAGUUUCGGCGUUCUCUGCAAGUUCCUCGGAUUUCAAUUCCAUCUCUGGAGAAAGUUCAGGCCUAGUUUCUGUGCUCUCUUCAACUUCGUAUCUCCAUCUCUCUUCGGUAAACACUCUCAACUUAGUUUUUUACAAAAAAAUUAGGAUACCUUUAUUCUUACAGUCAAUUAGUACUUUUCUCAAUAUUCUAUUGAAUUCGAAUUGAAGUGUUUAGGAGAUUGUGUGGCUAGGUCUAGCCAACUGGAGUCGACUCCACUAGGCUACCCCUUUCUCAUUUGGUUGAGGAGGAACAAGGUGGAACUUGUUAUUUUGUUUGAUCUGUGAUGAGUUUUGGUUUGGUUUGCAUUAUGGUGAAUUUUUCAGUGCAUAUGUGAUAAAAAUCAGUUCGUAUUUAUAACCAAUUUCUGUCUGUUAUUUGCAUAAAAUGAAUUAUCUUGUGAUGUGAUCUCAGUGUUACAUUUUAGUUCUGAGUUUGUGUUUUAUACUUUUAUAUGCCUGUUAAUGUUAUUCAGAUUGUUGUUCUUCUACUUCUGUCUACUUUCUGGAGCUUCUUGGAUUUCUAAUUUCAUGUUUGGAAUAGAAAUUUUGAUUUGCCGAGUGUUCUGAGCUUAGCUUAAUCUGGAUAGGCAAAUAGUCACAUGUAUUAGCAUAACUAGUCGCAAGAUUUUGGCAAAAGUCUAUUUUAGCCCCCCACCUAGUCAAAUUCGAAGGUUUUAGCCCCUCAUCUUAUAUUAUAACAUUUUUAGCCUCUCACCUUAUUAGAUUUGUAAGUUUUAGUCCCUCACCUUAUAUUAUGAUACUUUUAACCCCUCACCUAUUAAAAUUGAAGAAAAUAGCCCUCACUUUGUAAUAUUUUGUUAGUUUUAUUAACUAAUUAUUAAUUAUAUUAGCUGAUUGUUAGUUGACUGUUAGUUGUCAAAAAUCUUCUUUCACCAACAAAGUUAAUAGAGUUAAUAGAAUUAACUUUAUAAU